AGCCUGCGGAAUUCAGCAUCUCUCUCGCUUGCAUGUUACGCCCUAUUGAAAACAAAGCAACACUGGAAAUGAGGUCCUAAAGAUGGCCAACUCUGUGGCUUCCUAUGACCAGCUGGCCCACCAGGUAGAGGCACUCCGGAAAGAGAAUUUCCAUUUGCGUAAGGAGCUGGAGGACAACUCCAACCACUUGUCGAAGUUGGAAAAUGAGACUUCUGACAUGAAGGACAUCCUGAGACAGUUACAGAGCAAACUGGAGCAGGAGGCUGGUACUUUAGCUUCCUCUGGAAGGGCAGAUGUGUUGGAUCAACUUAAAGAACUGCAUAUGGACCUCACCAACUACUAUGAGCUAAAGCAUCAGCCACACAACCUGCAUGUUCUCUCAGACACCCUAUCAUGUCUGACCAAACAGUCAGAUGGGGAUAUAGAGACAACUCUCUCCUCCAGACUGGAGAGAACUAAGAGCCUUCUUAGGCCUUUGGCCCUUCAAAGCUCGAAUCUGUCUGGGAAUGACACAAUAAUGCACCCUGGUCACCCUCACAUCCUGGAGGGAGCCCCACCCAAAAGAGCUGCGAUUGGAGGAGAGUAUCACAUUACUGCCCAGUACUUGGAGGAGUUAUGUAAAGAAAGGACUAUGCUGUUGAGUGAGAUAGAUAAAGAAGAAAGGGAGCGUUGCUGGUACUACACACAGCUCAAGGGAUUGUCUCAGCGGCUAGCAGAGCUUCCAUGUAUUGACACGUUCUCCUUGCAAAUGGACCUCAUUCGCCAGCAGCUGGAAUUUGAAGCCCAGCAACUGCGUUCUGUAAUGGUGGAACGUUUUGGAACCAGUGAUGAAAUGGUACAUAGGACUCAGAUCCGUGUGGCUCGUCUGGAACAGCUGGAAAAAAAACUACAGGAGGCUCAGGAAUGUCAAAGCCCCCAGGACAAUGGCCUGUGUGAACCUCAGAUUUUUAACUGUGAGAAGACAUCUAAUCCUGAAACUGAGAAUGCAAGUUCUGCUUUUGCUCUUGAAGCGUCAGGUGAUAGAGGGAGCAAGGUGGAGAUGGUUUUCUGGCUGCUCUCCAUGUUGGCUAACCGAGACAAGGAAGAGAUGACACGAACUCUCUUGGCCAUGUCUAGUUCUCAAGACAGCUGCAUUGCCAUGCGCAAGUCUGGUUGUGUCCCCCUGCUUGUGCAGAUAUUGCACAACAUUCCAGGGGCCACUGAAGAAGCAUUGAGGGGUGCAGGGUGCAAUCGGGAGGUCAAGUCCAGAGCCAGUGCUGCCCUGCACAACAUCAUAUACUCACAGCCAGAUGAAGGGCAGGCCCGGAGAGAGAUGAGGGUGCUGCACUUGCUGGAACAGAUCUGCUCCCACUGUGACAGUGGCUGGGAUUGGAUGGAGAGUCAUGUUGGGAAGCUCUCUCCUGGGGGCACCAAGACCACUGACAUCCCUGAGCCAUUAGACCCCCUGAUCUGCCAGGCUAUGUGUGGUAUAAUGAAGCUCUCAUUUGAAGAGGAAUAUCGACGUGCCAUGAAUGAACUUGGGGGUUUGCAAGUAGUUGCAGAGCUGAUGUAUCUCGAUCAGGAGAUGUAUGGCAUGCAAAAUGACCCACUUAAUAUGGCACUCCGACGCUAUGCGGGCAUGGCACUCACAAACCUUACUUUUGGAGACGUUGUCAACAAGGCAACUCUUUGCUCCAAGAAAGACUGCCUGCAGGCCAUUGUUGCGCAACUUGCAUCUGAUAGCGAGGAGCUACAUCAGGUAGUGUCAAGUAUCCUUAGAAAUCUAUCAUGGCGAGCUGACAUCAACAGCAAGAUGGUCCUCAGAGAUAUUGGGAGUGUAUCUGGAUUGAUAACUUGUGCUCUUCAAGCCACCAAGGAAUCUACCUUAAAGAGUUUACUCAGUGCUCUUUGGAACUUGUCAGCACACAGCAUUGAGAACAAAGUGUCAAUUUGCUCAGUGGAUGGGGCCCUUGGCUUUCUGGUCAGCACACUCACCUACAGAUGUCAGACCAACUCAUUGGCCAUCAUUGAGAGUGGAGGAGGUAUCCUGCGCAAUGUGUCCAGUCUUGUGGCCACACGAGAAGAUUACAGGCAAAUUCUCCGGGACCACAACUGUCUCCAAACUCUGCUGCAACACUUACGCUCUCACAGCCUAACGAUAGUGAGCAAUGCAUGUGGGACUCUUUGGAACCUGUCUGCUCAAAGUGCCAAGGACCAGGAGUUACUGUGGGACAUGGGAGCAGUCAGCAUGUUACGCAACCUAAUCCAUUCCAAGCACAAAAUGAUUGCCAUGGGAAGUGCUGCAGCUCUAAAAAAUAUAAUUACAAACCGCCCCUUAAAGUAUAAGGAUGCUGCUGUCAUUUCCCCUGGAUCUUGCAUGCCUUCUCUAUAUAUGAGGAAGCAGAAAGCAUUAGAGGCAGAACUAGAUGCAAAGAACCUGACAGAGACCUUUGACUCUCUUGAAAAACUAAGUCCAAAACACCUCAGCAUUAAGAAGCCUCUGCGACACAUAGAAAGCCUGGCGAAGGACUAUGCCUCUGACUCUGGAUGCUUUGAUGAUGACGAAGCCCCUAAUGUCUGUGGUAGCCUUGACACUGGUAGUUUUUCCAUGCUUUCCAUGUUUCUGUCUAACUCUAACCUCCUCCAAAAUCAGCCUUGUAAGAAAGACAAUGAGCCAGAGAGAGAGGUUGUGCUAUUACAGACAAUGGAAAAUGGGCCCACCUUUACUGAUGAUGUGUCUGCUGCUGCAGAGAAGUUAGCUAAAAAGAUCACUAAUACUGUGGCCAAGAUUGAUAAGCUUGUGGAGGACAUCACCAUGCAUACAUCUUCAGAGGACAGCUUCAGCAUCAGUUCAGAGGACCAUUUUGCAGACUGGCCCUAUGGUUCCGGUGAAUUGCACGAGGCCCGGGCCAAGUCUUGUUCACCAUUCCACUUUUCUGAUACCAGCAGCCUUGCCCACAAAGAUCAGCUGAGCAGAGCCCAUGCUCUUUUGCGCCUCAAAACUGCCCACAUAAGUUUAUCCACUGAUAGUCUUAACAGUGGCAGCACCAGUGAUGGCUACUGUGGAAGCAAGGAUCAAAUCCAACCCUCAUCAAAAGUAGUAGCAAAGCAAAGCCGGCCUAAUAAGCUUGACCUUAAGCUGGCUCAUCAAGAAUAUCUUGGGGAUGCUCUGGUCCUCCAUGAAACAAAUCAAACUGAAGUCCCAAGGAGAGAUUCUAUAAAUGGAGAAGUGAAAUUACCAGAAUCCAAUAGCACAGAAACUGAGAAGUAUCAAGAGCUUCACCCACAAACACCAGCAAGUGUAUCAACAAAAUUAUCCUCUGAUGUUAGCAUGACUUCCGUAAAGUUGUCCCCCUCUUAUAACCAUGUCCCGUUGAUUCAAAGUGUUAACAAGUUAGGUAUAGCAAAGACUUCCAUCAGUGCUCAAGAUGCCCAGGCAAUGAGAAGACAAGCUUGGGUUCCAACUGUAAUGACUGGGGGAAGUAUUUUAAAAUGUUCUCCAAUGAGCACUGCUAAAAGUCCAAUACUUGGGCCAAUGGAGACACUACAGAAGUAUUCAGUGGAAAACACACCAAUCUGUUUUUCUCGUUGUAGUUCCUUGUCCUCCCUCUCUUCUGGUGAUGGAGCACUUGACGGGCACAGUCAAAGUGAAUAUGAGUUAGAGAGUGAAUUAUCUCUUGAGAUCAUUGAAGUGGACGAUACUGAAGUGUUAAACAGAGAGGAAGAAAAUGAGACCAAGGACGAUCUGAGAUGUGAUAAACAACUGCUAGUGACUGAUUCAAGAACCAACAGGUCUGACCCUAUAGAAAUUCCCUGUACAGUUAAGCAUGAGAAGAUAUUCCUCCGGGCCGGAUCACCUAGCAUACUUGAGGACAGAUCACCCUCAAGUUCUUCUGAAAACUACAUACAGGAGACACCCCUGGUAAUGAGUCGUUGUAGUUCAGUUAGCUCCCUGGGUAGCUUUGAGUCUCCCUCCAUUGCCAGCUCUAUUCUGAGUGAUCAGUGCAGUGAAAUGAUUAGUGGAACCUUAAGCCCAAGUGAUCUUCCUGAUAGUCCAGGACAAACCAUGCCCCCGAGCCGCAGCAAAACUCCAUGCUGUGUUGAAUCUAGUGGCCCAGAUACACAGACUACAGUAAUAGCUGGACAAUGGGAAAGCAGCUUGUGCAAAUUCAUGGAAAUUGCAGACUUCAAGGAAAGGUUUAAUAUACCUCCUGAUUUGGACACAAUGAUAUACUUCACUGUGGAGAAGCCAACAGAAAACUUUUCAUGUGCAUCUAGCUUAAGCGCUCUUCCUCUUCAUGAGCAUUACAUUCAGAAAGAUGUUGAACUUAAAUUGACACCCUUGCAGCAGCAGAAAGAAAAUGAUUUUGCAUUCCCUGAUGAUAAAGAGCAUUCAUCAGUGAUGGACCAAGGAGGUAGAUAUAGUGAAGGAAAUUCAGAUGAAGACACAGAAAUUCUCAAAGAAUGCAUAAAUUCAGCAAUGCCUUCCAAAUUCAGGAAAGUAAGACCCUCUUUGAUGUCUACUUUACCAACCCAUGUUCUCAACUGCCAGUCUCGGAAACCUAUACAUGUGCCAAUGUACAUGAUGCUUCCAAACAAUGGUAAACAAAUGUGUACUAAGGUUGUUAUGCCACAAAAGGACAACCAGCUUGAUGAUUCAUCAUUUACUGACUCUGCAGAGGGCACUCCUAUCAACCUCUCCAGCACAACAUCUUUAAGUGAUGAAACACUUCAGUAUCCAGUUAGGAACACAGGUUCAAAAGAUUGGCCGGUUAGGAAUAGUACUAAACAAGAACUUCUGAAUGAUGAGGCAAAGAGAAUUGAAGACCUUCGGAUUUUCUCACACUUCCAUAAGCCCUCUAAAAUAACUAGUCGACAUGACAUGCUAGUCGGUACAAUGAGCAGAUCAAUUAAACAUGUCAUUCCCACUCAGAAAGUGCUGAUGCAGAGCAAAGAAGUAACUGAUCGAGUGGUAAAUCAGAGAAACUGUGAUCAGGCAUCUUAUGAACAAAGACAAAAGCUGGCUCUGACAAGGAAACUAGAACUUCCUGUCAAAAAACAAAAUACAGAGGCCAAUCAAAAUCAGAGAGCCCCCCAAAGACAUGUGGCUUCUGAGCCUAUUUGUCAUAUCACACCAACUGAGGGGGCAAUCUACUGUUUCUAUGAUGAAGAAAGAGAAAAAAAACAAGGAAAUACAAAGACGACAGAGAGACAGCUAAAUAAGGAGAGUAACAGAGAUAUUGUUUCUCGAAGCAUGACAAAUAUUAGUAGGAUUGACAACACCCAAAUAAGACACAAAGUUGUUAAUAAAGUAAGGCAGACUCUAAUCAGGGAUGACACACCACUGUGUUACUCACUAAGCUCAUCUCUUAGUUCAUUGAGUGAUGCAGAUUUGAAAGACCGCAAAUCUAAAUCUCUCAAAGUUUUGGGAAAAAACAAACACAACCAAGCAUCUAACAAGGUUCAGCAAACAAAAACAAUGCAUGUCUAUGACCGGUAUGGCGGACACAGCUCACCAAGUUCAGUAAGUAUGGAUUCAGAGGAUGAUCUUCUGCAGAAAUGCAUAACAUCUGCAAUGCCCAAGCAAAAGAAGAAACUUUCUGCGAGAAAGAAGAAUCUGAAAAAGAGGAACCCACAAAAAGUAUCUGAUGGGUGGAACAUUGAACAAGGCUGCGACAGUGACGAUACGGCUUCUGACAUAGACUCAGACCUCAACAGUGUUGAGUGGAGAGCAAUACAAGAGGGAGCCAAUUCUGUUGUUAACAGAUUACAAGCAUCAAAAUCUCAAGAACAUUCAUCUGAAGAAUCUGAAUCUGUACUUUCCUUCAUGUCUGGAUCUAGCUUUACCCCCAAAGAAAAGAAGUUUUAUGUAGACAAAAAGGCAAACAAACCCCUUGACUUUGCUCCACGUAAGCCUGUUCCCAAUAUGCCAAUGGUUUUUAGAGGCAGAACGGUGAUAUACACACCCAAAAAAGAGAUUGCUCUUUCACAAAGGCCACUGCCAAUGAAAGUGUCAAUCAAGUCAGAUGCUCCAAAAAAUCCAAACUUGGCUCAACAUCGAUCAAAGAGCCUUCACAGGCUGGGGAAACCCCAAGAAAUAGAGUUGUCAUUGCCUAAAAGGAGCUCAACUCCACCUCCAAGGAUACCAAAGAGUUCAUCGUCUGGAUCAUCUCAAAGCUCAACCCCAUCAAGGGAGUCACAGAGGAAGUUGACCUCCCCAUCUCAAUCAACAAAAGCCAUCCCCCAAAAAAGUGCCACUCCUGCUAGUAUUUCAUCUGAAAGAAAAGGACGCUCCCUCGUUUGUUCAAAUCAGAGUCUGAAAUCUCAAGCACAUAAGACACAAAAGUCACCUGUCCGAAUAACAUUCAUGCAGAACUCCACAAGGCAGUCCAGAACAGUAUCACCUCUAGUGACAAAUCAACCUACAAAUAUCAAUAGACCACAUACUCAGGUACCAGAAAAAAAGACUGUUCCUGCCAAUCGUUAUGACUUUGUACGGAUGACCUCUGUUCAGUCAAAUAGCAGUGAGUCGGAUCAGAAUGGGCUCUUAAGACAACUGACCUUCAUUAAAGAGUCAAAGACUCUUCUUAAACGUAGUGGUUCUUCACCAUGCUCCAUGGCUACAACCCAGCAGGCAUCAUCCAUGAGAACAUGUCCAGGCGGUUCUGCAGUCUUCCUCUGUUCGUCUCGAUGCCAAGAGCUAAAGGCAGUUGUGCAGGCACCAAGAAUAAUGCAAGGAAAGUGCCAUGAGCCAAAGCAGCAAGAUAAAGGGGAAACAGUCAGUCUUACUAGAACCACAUCUAGUGAACACAACCUACAUGCACGACGUUUGUCUAGGAGAACCAGCUCUGAAAGCCCCUGUAGGGUACCUAAGAGAAAUGGAUCAGGGAGAGUGUCUGGAGACAAGCAGCAAGAAAAAGAUACUUUCAAGCGGUAUUCCUCUUCACCCAGUAUAAACAUUCUGAGCCGGGUUACCAGCCGCUCCUCUCUCCGGUCUUUGUCUUCUGACUCAAGUGGGCGAACAAAGAGUGAGGAUGAUACAAAGAAAAGGCAGCAGAGGACUGGAACACAUCUGAAUGACAAACUCACUUGGAGAAGGAUUCGGGAUGAGGAUGUACCUCAAAUCUUGAAAAAUACUCUUCCACAAACUGCUUUACCCUUGUUUGUUUCUGCUGAGCAGCCCAAAGGCAACCAGCCAGCACUGCCAUGCAAGCUACCAACAAUUUUGCUUAAGUCACGGGAAACAAGUGAUGCCACCGUCCAGACAGAAGAUUUAUUGACCAACAAGACCCAUUCAAGCACCUCUCCAACCACAGACACAGCUCUGGUCUUCUCUGAGGAGGCAGCAAGACUUGCCCUACUUAGAAAAAUCGGUAUUGCCUCUGGAGGUAACCUACAAGAUGGAGACUUUGACUGUUCCAUAAAUAGCUAUAGCACAGCUUCUACUGCAAACUCUCAUCCAGUAGAGAGUCACACAGGUGGGGUUGUCCGCUUCCGUCAAAGCUCUCCCAGCAAAGCUGUAAGGGUCACCCCAUUUAACUACAUACCCAGCCCUAUGGGGUGUUGCCUGCAAGAUAAACAGAGUCAAUCAUUCACAAUCAAUAAGAAUUCAAAUGAAAACACGGAGGCAUAGUUUCUUUAGUCUGUACUAAUGAAUUGUCAAGAUGAGAAAGAUAACACUUUGGACCUUUCAGGUGAAUUAGCUUUUUAACCUUGCAUUAUGACCCUUGGCCCAAUCCCCUCUG